AUGAAUGUGUCUUUUGAGCACCACUCGUCAGAGCUGCACCUAUUCCAUCUGCUGUCGUACGAGAACGGAUCUUCUGGCCGAGCAGAGAACACGAGCAGGGAUUCGUUCCUGCACGAGCGCGCCGAACUGGAACGGCUGAUCCUGCUGACCAUCCGUGAGCCUACCACCAUCGCGCUCACCGUCAUGUACGCACUCUCCUUCGCCGUGGGCUUUGUUGGAAAUGUCAUGUCCAUCUGGGUGCUCAGCAGCCGCAGAAGCAAGAGGCUUCCAGGAGUCAGCACCACCCGGAGCCUCCUGGUCAACUUGGCUGUGUGCGACCUCAUGGUGGUGUGUGUUUGCAUGCCCAUCACCCUUGGCCACACGAUUUACACUGCCUGGGUGUACGGGGACUUCCUCUGCCGCGCAGUGCCCUUCACCCAGGCCGUUUCUGUGUCGGCCAGCGUCCUUAGCUUAACUGUUAUCAGCAUCAACCGGUAUUACAGUGUCCAAAACCCUCUGAAUGCUCGGUCAUUCAUAACCUGGAGGAAGAUCUUCUGGACCAUCGUUGUGGUAUGGGUCCUGUCUUCAGGGAUCUGUUCACCCCUCAUCUUCAUGAAUAAGCGAGAUGAGAUCCUCCUAAUGGAGGACCAGCCCUUUGUGCUGCCCAUCUGCAGAGAGCUCUGGCCUCAGGCGAGACUGAAGCAAGCCUACAAUGUUGUGCUCUUCGUAGCCCUCUACUGUCUCCCAGUGACCUUCAACCUUACCGUGGGCUUCUUGACAGGACGGAGGCUGUGGAACAUGCCCCACAAUUUUAGUGACUCCCGUAGCCAGGUGAUGUACACAGCCCGCCUCAAAACCCGCAAGAAGAUCGCCAAGAUGGUGGUGGCUUUGGUCCUUCUAUUCGCUAUCUCCUGGCUGCCGCUCUACGUGGCCGACUUGUGGAUUGACCGAGUAUUACAUCCGCCCCCGUGGCUGCUGCAGCUUCGACCUUUUGCCCAGUGGCUGGGCCUCACCAACUCCAGCCUAAAUCCCUUCUGUUACUGCUUCAUCGGAGACCUGUACCGCUCAGCCAGGGUCAUCAGGACGAAGUACCACACGAGGCUCAUUUCUGUCUUCACCUCUGUUACCUCUAUUGGCUCCAAGAAGCAGCGGCCAUCAAGGCCCCAGGAAGCCACAUGUGACCUACCGGAAGUGAACUAUACAUGUAUGUCAUCCACCAGUAGGUCUGAGGUCAUGCUAAACCUCAUCCAUCCAACGUCUAUUCAGAGCCUUGCAGACAGGAAGGAUUCUGUCAGCCAGUCCGAUCGUCUCCAAACCUAA